AUGGAAGCCUUGGAAGUGGAUGAUAUCAGCCCAGCCUUGGAAGUUACUGAGGAUUUCUUCAGUACUUUUGAUAGUAAGCUAGAAAAGGCUGUGCAGCAAGCUGAGGUUUAUGGGAUUCAGGAAGUCCCCGAAUUGGUGGGGCACGAGGUACUAAGUACCAUAACAGAUAAUGGUGCUAUCAGAAAUGUUGCCUCCCUGGGCAAGGGGGGCCUGAUUUGGGACCACUGUAAGAGCAGGCGCUUAGAAACCAAAGCUCAAAAUGUCUUCCCUGCCAAAGAACAGUUUGUGGUUCAGAAAGGGACAGCCCCAGAUAAUCUUUCCUGGAUGGAACAAAAAGAAGCUUCAACCUUUAACUUUUUCAACAUCUGUCAGCGUCGGAGGGACAGACCUCGAUCCGUGAAUGACUUACUGGAUGAGACCUCUACUUUCAAGCCAGGGCAUGCACGUUCAAGAUCAGAUAUUACCCAAGUGGACUGGAGGCUGGUCCUCAAAACCAUGCCUCUGCAGCGGCAGCAGCAGUCGUCUCUCCAGGUCCCUCAUUUCACCAGGCCGUCCUUUCUGUCGUCCUUGCCGAAUAAGGUAGAAGAUGCUCAAGGAAAUACUGAACACAAGCAAGCAUUCCCAAAUAUUCUGAAGAAGGGGUACCUGGAGAUCAGGAAGGACCAUGACAGUUACUGGCAGAGCUGUUACGCAGAACUCUCACCCUACAACUUAUCCUUCUACAGCCUAGACAGCAGUGGCAAUCAAGCCCUCUAUGCCACCUGCCAGCUUUCACACUUCCAGAGCAUUUCCGUGUUGGGCAACCUUGAGGCCAGGCUGGUGGAUACUGUUCUGUAUGACAACACUCAGCUCCAGUUAAAGGCAGAGUCACCGUGGGAGGCUUUGGACUGGGGGCAGAAGCUUUGGGAAGUCGUGCACGCCACGGUGCCUGGUUACGUGGGAAGGCAGGAUGAGCUGGCAAACUCCCCAGGACUUGGUCAUCACGCUGACUGUACACAGAACCAUUGUUUACAGAAGAAAUCCAGUGAGCUGCUCACGCCAUCACCUGUCUUGGAGAGCCCCAAACAAUACCAAAACAUCAUCAAAUCAGGGACGCUGUACAGGCUAACCGUCCAAAACAACUGGAAGGCAUUUACUUUUGUGCUGAGCAGGGCCUACCUUAUGGCUUUCCAUCCCGGCAAGCUAGACGAGGAUCCCCUGCUAAGCUACAAUGUGGACGUGUGUCUGGCUGUCCAGAUGGACAACCUAGAUGACUGUGACUCUUGCUUUCAAGUCAUUUUCCCCCAAGAUGUCCUCCGCCUCCGUGCAGAGACCCGGCAGAGGGCUGAGGAGUGGAUGGAGGCUCUGAAAACAGCGGCCAAUGUGGCGAGGAGUUCAGAGCAAAACCUGCAGGUCACCCUGAGGAGCAGACCCAAGGAUCAGAUGGGCAGGCAUGAACUCAGGAAGAACAAGCGUCAGUCUGUGACCACCAGCUUCCUCAGCAUUCUGACAACCUUGUCUCUGGAACGAGGACUCACUGCUCAGAGUUUCAAAUGUGCAGGAUGCCAGCGAUCCAUAGGCCUUUCCAACGGGAAAGCCAAGGUGUGCAACUACAGUGGGUGGUAUUACUGCAGCAGCUGCCACGUGGAUGACAGUUUUCUUAUCCCAGCACGCAUAGUCCACAACUGGGACACUUCAAAAUAUAAGGUAUCUAAGCAAGCCAAAGAGUUUCUGGAGUACGUGUACGAAGAGCCCCUGAUCGACAUCCAGCAGGAGAACCCGAUGCUGUACCGCCACGCCGAGCCGCUGGCCACCGUGGUGCGGCUGCGGCAGCGGCUGAAAUCGCUGCGAGCCUAUUUGUUCAGCUGCCGGGCCGCCGUGGCCGAGGAUCUGCGCCGCAGAAUUUUCCCCAGAGAAUACCUCCUUCAACAGAUCCACCUGUAUUCCCUCGCUGACCUGCAGCAGGUGAUAGAGGGGAAGCUGGCUCCAUUCUUGGGCAAGGUCAUUAAAUUUGCCGCCUCACACGUGUACAGCUGCAGUCUUUGUAGCCAGAAGGGGUUCAUCUGUGAAAUCUGUAACAAUGGAGAGAUCCUCUACCCUUUUGAGGAUAUUUCAACAAGCAGGUGUGAAAGCUGUGGAGCCGUUUUCCAUUCUGAAUGCAAAGAAAAGUCCGUCCCCUGCCCGAGGUGCGUCCGCCGAGAGCUGCAGAAGAAGCAGAAGUCUUUCUGGCGGAGGCUGAACGUGGACGAGAGCCUGGAGGAGGCCUGCAACAUGUUUGAGCUGUCCUACCAGAACACCUGA